UUGCAAUGGCGGCUGAAGCGCUGGUUGAGAAGGUGCCUUUGGACAGUGCGGAGGAGCAGCAGCCCGUCGCAGCGACCGAGGAGCUGGCAGCCCAGAAGCGCGAGCAGAGACUGCGCAAAUUCCGGGAGUUGCACCUGAAGCGGAACGAAGCUCGUAAAUUAAAUCACCAGGAAGUUGUGGAAGAAGACAAAAGACUUAAGCUACCUGCAAAUUGGGAAGCCAAGAAAGCUCGUUUGGAAUGGGAACUACAGGAAGAAGAAAAGAAAAAGGAAUGUGCAGCAAGGGGGGAAGACUAUGAGAAAGUAAAGUUGCUGGAAAUCAGUGCAGAAGAUGCAGAAAGAUGGGAGAGGAAAAAGAAGAGAAAAAACCCUGAUCUGGGAUUUUCAGAUUAUGCUGCUGCCCAGUUACGCCAGUAUCAUCGGUUGACCAAGCAGAUCAAACCUGACAUGGAAACUUAUGAGAGGUUGAGGGAAAAGCAUGGAGAAGAGUUUUUCCCAACAUCCAAUAAUCUUCUUCAUGGAACACACGUACCUUCCACAGAGGAAAUUGAUAGGAUGGUCAUAGAUCUGGAAAAACAAAUUGAAAAACGAGACAAAUAUAGCCGGAGACGUCCUUAUAAUGAUGAUGCAGAUGUCGACUACAUUAAUGAGAGGAAUGCCAAGUUCAACAAGAAGGCAGAAAGAUUCUAUGGGAAAUAUACAGCUGAAAUUAAACAGAAUUUGGAAAGAGGGACAGCUGUGUAAUCCCUUCAGGAACUGUUUGGAAGCUUGAGAAUAAAGUGAAGCUUUCUGCUAGCAAAUUCUACUUCUGGUAAACCAGAACUCAAAUCUAUGCCUUCACACUUAGCAUUUAGAAAUAAAUGUUUUUACUUAAACAUAUACUUUCAUGGAUAUUUCCACAUUUUUGUGCUUGGAUAUAAGAUGUAUUUCUUGUAGUGUACUUGUUUUGUAAAAAUCUACUUUGUAU